GGAAGCAUACACUCAACAUGACUGAAGUUCAAUACUGUCCAGACCACGUGACUGCAAAAUAGCCGUUUACAGUAUAGUUUACAGUAAGAGAUGUCACUUUUUGGUGGAGGAUUACCCUAAUUAUAUUCCUUCUUCAAAUCUCAACUCUGAGGAUUAUUGGCAGAGGGUUUUUACCUGUCAGUAUUCUGCAUCGUAUUAAAUUUUUAUAAUUUGCACUAAGGUCGGUCUGUCUGCGUGGUAACUUUUCCUUAUUGCUGACAAUAUGUUUUGGUUCAUGGAGGGAAUAUGCUUUUUACCAACUUUUUUGGUCAUCUGGUCAUCCAGCACGUUUAUUGUUUCCUACCUAAUUGCAUUGUUCGAGCAUCAUGUGGAUGUUAUUUUCCCCUAUAUAAGGUAAGAUUAUGAUUAUUUAUCAGCAGCCUGAGCAUUUAUUUUUCCACGAAUUUGCCGUUCUUCAUUAAACCGUGAUAAUAGCAUACACUUCUUAUUAUUUAAAUCAGUGUGGGUAAUGGAAAUAAUGUUUAUUUAUUUCCACUCAUCAAAACCGGCGAUAUUAACGGAAAUCGUAUCGCAUUCUUGCAACAAAAAUAAAUCAGUUUCGUUUUCCCCACCACAGUUGAACGCUGUACUUGGCUGGUACCCAGUUCCCAGCUGUGUAGUCUACAGUGUAGGGGCCUGUGAACUACUUAAUGCACGGUGUGUGUGUCCUCAUUUGACAUUUAAACAGCUUUGUUUAUUGAGCAGAUAGACAAUUAACACAUUAUGCAAACUAACAUUAAAUAGGCAUAGAUAAUGAAUAAUGGUUGAACUAAUUAGCGCUCUAUUCAAACGAUUAAAGCCCUCCAUUCAGUAAUAUUUUCCGUAGAUAUAACUGAAUUAUUUGUUUGUCGUCAACUGGUAUGGUUUGAUAACUAAUUCAAUUGAAAUGCAAUUGUCUAUUUGGUUAAUCUGGUCCUCUGUAGCUCUAUUGGUAGAGCAUGGCGCUUGUCACGCCAGGGUAGUGGGUUCGAUCCCGGGACCACCCCAUACGUAAAAAUGUAUGCGCAUAUGACUGUAAAUCACUUUGGAUAAAAGCGUCUGCUAAAUGGAAUAUUAUUAUUAUUAAUAGAUUAUGUCAAUGGUAUGAUAUUAUUUUGAUGAGCAUUUUUUAUUUCAUUUAAUAACAAAUUAAAUCACUUUCUGUUCUGUUAUAAUUUAAUGUGUAUAAUGAUUUUUUAUAUCAUGUAUUGUUUAAGUUAAAUACAGAUUAUUUAAGACUUCCAGACAUGGCUUUAAAACACACAUUAACCCUGAACUCUUCUUUCUUUAGUGACACUGGGGCUAAUCCCCCAGAGAGUUGUAUUUUUGGCUUGAUGACGGUUAUCACUGCAUUUGCAGGUGAGCACAGAAAGACACCAAAACCAUGAAAGGGCUUUUUGUCUUAGCGUAAAGGGAUGGUUCACCCAAAUUACCAAAUUACAUAUUGGUGUCCUUACCCUGUAAGCAGUCUAUGAACCAUAUAUGACAGCAAUCCAUGCUUUGAUUUAGUUUCCCACCACUGUUUCCACAUGCUAACGUCAUGGGACCGAUAUUAGCAUUUUUUCACACAUCAUGUUCAAAUCAUCUAUAAGUGACUUUGUUGAGCUUCACACUCAAUUGUAGAUACUUUUGGAUGAUUUGGACAUGAUGCGUGAAAAAUAUUAAUAUUGGUCCCAUGACUUAAAUGGGAUUUGUGCCACAAAUGCUAAAACGUUAGCAUGUGGAAACGGUGCUAGGGAAACUAAACCAAAGCAUGAUUUGCUGGCAUACCUUGUCCAUAGACUGCUUACAGGGUAAGGAAACCAAUGUGUUAUUUUGUAAUUUGGGUGAACUAUCCUUUUAAGCAACUCCAUGGGUUUUUCCAGGUCAGAGACUGUGCCAAACGCUUUAUUUACACUUCCCAAUUUUGACAAAAUGAAAGCAGAAAUGCAUGGUUAGACAGGGCUGAGAUCAAUGGUAUGACAUUGCGUUUUACUGAAUAUUAUGUUUCACUUCACUAUGUUUGUCUUUCUUUGUUCCCUCUGUUUUAAGGUGCAAAUAAAUAAAUAUUGCAGCAGGUGAGCGUGUACUGUCUACAUGUGAAAAAUGUUAAUAAAAACGUUCACUCCAUAUGCCAUGCCAAUUCCUCUACAGGUAUGGCCACCAUAUAUGCCAGAUACAAGUUUGUGGAAAAGCUCAAUGAGAAGGCAGGUGGUGUGCCCCCAGCACUGAACCAGGCUGCUUUCUGGAUUGGAAUGCUUUCUUGUUUGGGGAUGUGUUUUGUUGCUACUUUCCAGGUAGGUUCCCACUGGGCACAGACGUCAGUUCAACAACUAGUUUUGAUUUACAUUUGGUUGAGUUGUCAACUAACAACGUGAAUUCAACGUGAAAUCAAUAAAACAUUUCACAAUCCCACUGGGCACAGAUGUCAAUUCAAUGCCUACUCAACGUUGAUUCAACCAGUGUGUGCCCAGUAGGAUUUCAUUGGAUUUAAGAUAAAAGUUGGGUGAAAAAAUGAAAUUCCCUUACAUUGAUUACUUUUUAAAAAUCCAAUCAGUUUUCCACGUUUAUUCAAUGUAAUCACAUUGAAUUUCUUUGUUAAAAUGAAAUGGAAACAACAUUGAUUCAACCCGUUUUGCCCAGUGGGUUGUCACCCCUUUAGUGAGAAGAUGGAGGGGUUUUGUACCUUUAAGUGACAGUGUGAUAUUCCAUACAUGAUCUCUCUGGUGUGUUCUUUUUGCCCAGGAGACAACGGUUACGUCAGUUCAUGAUGCAGGUGCAUUACUCUUCUUCUUUUCUGGUGUGUUGUACACCAUCCUCCAGUCCAUCAUAUCCUAUAAGGCCUACCCCUAUGGAUGUUCCUUGGCCUUGUUUGGUAUGCGCACUGGAAUUGCAACCAUCGCCUUCCUGGCAGUUUCCCCCAGUAUCCUUGAAAACCCAUGGUGUCUAAAUGAUUUUAAUCAUGAAUGAUCAUUGUUUUAUCAAAGAAAAUAUAUCCUUCAUUUUCCAUCCAGCUGUUAUCUGUGCUGUCUUUGUGACACAAACCACACUGCAUAGAAAAACAGAAGACGAGGUACAGUAUGAGCACAUCUUUACCAAGAACACAACUCACAUAAACAACAAAGAUGGAUGACAUUCUGAAUCCAUAUAGGCUUUAUAGGCUAGAGAAGCUAUACGUGCCAAUAUCAGUCUCUCUCCACGACUCUCCGUCAUUACAGGACUAUGUGUUCCAUCUGGUGAGUGCUGUGAGUGAGUGGAUCGUGGCCUUCAGCUUCAUCUUCUUCUUCUUAACCUAUAUCCACGACUUUAAAGUGAGUUUUCAGUCACCGCUCUGUCAUUGUGGUGGGAAUGAUUCAAUUUUUCUUCUCAUUUAUUUGAGUGUUUUUAUUUAUCUUUGUCUUGUUUCUUACAGAAGUUUACUCUGAAGCUGAGAACAGAAUUUGUGGACUAUUCC